AUGGCCUUGAUCCUAGGCAGGUCCCCUACCCUUGAUCCCAUGUACCCUGUGUUUUCGUUGCGGCAGACUGGUCCUGCAUACAAGUGCGGUCCAAUGUACGGAUACUUUUCUCUCCUAUCCAUCCGUAGUACGUCGAGGAACAUUUCAGUGUCCUAUAUGCUCGCUGCCUUUUCACAACUUGACCCUCAACUUCCUACAAUAAGAUAUCACAAGGCUGGCCAUCAACGUUUCGGGGACAUAGCUGUGGACUCAGGAGAGCUCCUUCCAUACUAUACCCUUCCACUUGUUAUUCUUCUCCUUCUCCAUAUCGCCUACACACAGGGCGGACCUCCCAAAUCCCCUCCGAAAAUAACCCAAACAGGAAUGGCCAGGACGCGUCCCUUGGUCUCCUGGGAAGGACGUGAGGACGUAUUCCUACACAGUAGGUGGCUUGGAGAAUUUUGGCAAUCUGUCAUUGGGUGGACGAACGAAAAGCGGCGAAUCACGACCACGCUACCCCUUGCUCCUGGGUGGGCGACUGGAAAUGCUCGCCGCGCUCAGAAUGCCACGAGAAGCCCCAAGGGAUUCGGGAACAACAAAAACACAACCACAACGUUCAAUCCACCACUUACCGUGCCGGUCCACCAAUGCCGCGCCCGUGCAAAAGCAAGAGCGCUGCAGAUACAACCACCUCAUACUCCCUACAACUUUCGAAUACCCAGCAGCACGCUCAACAUGAUCAUCUCAAUUCUUGUACAUGCAGAGAACAACACCGUUACCUGCAACCGCCAUUCCCACGCGGCACCGGGCAUAGGUCCGGGCACUACUUGUUCAACGCGCAACGUCGAUCCAUCGCGCGUCAAACAAACGUCCAAGGAGGCGGAAACGAAACACCUCAACGUUCGCGCUCCCAAGCUCGCCCGUGCUAGGUUAUCUGACCUCACACUGCCGAGUCUUCACGGUAGCCAUACGCCUCUUCAGCCUCCCUCGCCAGAGGACCCUUACGCUUGGUACACGACAGCACUUGCCAGUUCUUCGGGAUCGAUGCACACACCCACACCCAAACCUACUAGGCUCCAGAGUCCUACACGAUGGGACGAAAUGCAGAUUCUUCGGCUCGACCAAUGUCAUCAGCCCAUCACUAGAUCCCACCAAGGAACGCAUACGACAGACCGCCACGGCGGUACAACAACAUGCCUCGCCAACAUUCCCGGCCAAUCACCAUCUGGUUCGCCUCAAUCUUGUCUCUGGAGCUGUCUCUCCCCCUUCUGCAGUGCAGACUGCGGCGCGAGUGCAGUCGUCAGUCACCGGUUACUGCCCCACCAUGGUGGCUUUGCCAUGCUAGAGAUGGUGAGGGCCAUUUCACACGCCUGCUCUGUCCGCCCUCCGCCUCCCACCCCAUGCGCAAGAGACAAGGCCCAUUCGUUCGACGGGAGACUGGAGCAUACUGGAGUUAUUGCCGCCGCCGCACUUGAUCCGAAAGGCCUAGGCGUCCGGGUGGUCACCGACAAGGGAGACAUAAGAUGGAGGGGAGAAGCCGUUCGUGAUGGACUCCGCAGCUUGGUGACAUCAGCAACACCCUAUCAACAAACCCGGAAUACGAGUCGCUCUUGGUGCCGCUCAGGCAUUCGACCGUUGACUUCAUACACACGCGCACUAUACUCUGUAUUCACAACAGUAAUACCGCACACGCACAUAGUAAGGAUACAAUCACCUAUCCAGCCCAGCCUCCGAUCUGAUCUGAUCUUGAGGCUUGUUGAUAUUGCAAUGCUCAUGACCUCACUUGAGCUUCCCUUCUUUACUCCUUCAUUCUUCAUACAUACUCGCCCUUUCUGCUCUUCCUUUGACUUUGAGCCUUAG